AUGCCUGAAAAGCACGAAUUUCUGUUCAUCUUACCAGAUGGCCCGGAUGGUCUCAAGAACCGAGAUUCCUGGACCGACCCUCACGAACGUUUCGUUGAACGAGAGUCAGAAUACUGGCUUGCCGGAGGCCCUAUGUACGACGAUCAUGAAGAGAAUAUAGAGCGUGGUAGUUGGGUUCUGAUUCAAGCUCAUGACAAGAAGGAAGCUUUGAAUCUUCUCCAACGUGAUCCUUUCACCAUUGGCAAAGUUUGGGAUUGGGAGAAAGCCCAGGUCUUGAGUGUCAAGAGUGGACUGCGGGUACCGUUUGUCAAGAGCUCAAUCAACUUCCCCCAAACCAAGAUGAACGGCGGCAGUUAG